AUGAAUGCCUUAAAAGCAGACCCUCGGACCGUCGAUCUGCGGGCAUUAGCGCCGCAUUUCUAUAGUCUGAGCGAGCGAGUUUUGGAACUUUUCGAGGAAGAGGAGAUGGUUGAUGUUCUUAUUAAUACAUUUAAGAAGCGCGCUUCAGAAAUUGCUGACCAUGCCCACAACCCAAAAGGUGCUCUUGGCGACGGCGUUGAGUUUCUGAGAGGGUUAGAUGAAACGGAAAGGCAGUUGUUCCGCGUGGCCCAUGAUAGUGCCAAGGAGACACGGAUAUGGGCUGGCGAGGCUAAGAAGAGGUAA